AUGGCUGGUCUGCAGUUCCCUGUGGGUCGUGUCUACAGGUUCCUUAAAAGAGGGAACUACGCUGACAGGAUCAGUCCUGGUGCUGCCAUCUACCUGGCUGCUGUGCUGGAGUACCUGACCGCAGAGAUCCUGGAGCUGGCAGGGAAUGCUGCACAGGAAAACAAGAAAUCCAGGAUCCUGCCCAGGCACAUCCAGCUGGCUGCGAGAAAUGAUGAUGAGCUGAACGAACUCUUCUCCUCUGUGACCAUCCCUCAGGGAGGGGUGUUACCUAAUAUUGUUCCUGAGCUUCUUCCUAAGAAGACCAUCUCACUUAGACCACCCCACAAAUAUGUCCAGUCACAAGAGUUCUAG